AUGUCCUUCGAAUAUUCUCAAGAACUUAUAAAUGAUUAUGAAAAAUUACUUGAAAAUGAUAAAGGACAUGAUGUUAUUAUUUACGCUGGUCAAGAUGAAAAUGUAGAAGAAAUUUACGCACAUUCACUUAUAUUAUGUACUAGAUGUCAAUAUUUUCGUGCGGCAUUUUUUAAUGAAUGGGCAAUUAAAGAAAAUGGAAAAUUUAUUCUUAAUAAAUCCAACAUUUCUCCUCAGAUAUUUAAAAUUAUUUUGAGAUUUAUUUAUUGUGGAAAAAUUAAUUUGACAAAUUUACAAGGUCCAGAAUUAUUAAAUCUUAUGAUUGCAGUCGAUGAACUUAAUAUUCAAACAUUAAUCCCUUGUAUUAAAGAAUAUUUGAUUAAUCAUCAAUAUGAAUUCUUACAACAGAAUCCAAUUGAAAUUCUUGAAACUAUUCAUAAAGUUUAUCAAAGUGAUACAUUUGCAGGUUUAUGGGAUUUCUUUAUUGAAGCAAUUUGUGAUAAACCGGAUAUAUUGUUUAAUUCUAAUAAAUUAAUUAGGUUAAGUGCACCCUUCUUGGAAUUACUUUUAAAACGGGAUGAUUUAUUAUUAGAUGAAAUUGAAGUAUGGGAUAAUUUGAUCAAGUGGAAUUUGGCUCAACACCCUUAUAUUCGGCGAGACGUUCUGAAAUGGAAUAAAGAAGAAAUUGCAAUUAUGAAAAAUACUUUUCAUAUGUUUAUUCCUUUAAUUAGGUUUUAUCAUAUAUCUUCAGAAGACUUUCAAUUGAAAAUAUGUCCUUUUAAAGCGUUAUUACCCGAAGAUUUAACCAAUAACAUACUUAGAUUUCAUAUGGCAACAAAUAAGAUACUCAACGAUGAUAUACAAUCGCCUAGAAUUAAAUUUCAACAUUUCAUUAUUUUUUCUAGUUGGAUUGAAAAGAAAAAUGAUUCUCAUUAUAGAUAUCAUAGCUUAAAAGAUAUUCCUUAUCAUUUUAAUUUAAUUUAUCGUGCUAGUAGAGAUGGUAAAACAUCAGAAGCAUUUCAUAAAAAGUGUGAUAAUAAAGGAGCUACUAUAGUUAUGAUAAAAAUCAAGGGAUCAGAACAGAUUAUUGGAGGUUAUAAUCCAUUUGAUUGGGAUUCAGAUAAAAUUUAUAAAUAUACAAAAGAUAGUUUUUUAUUCACAUUUAUAGAUAGAAGGGAUACAAAAACUGCAAAAGUAGGAUAUAGUAAUGGUAUAUAUUCUAUAGGUUGUUAUCCAUCUUAUGGACCAAUAUUUGGUGGUGAUUUUUCUUGUAGAGAUGAUGGUACAGCUUGGAAGUUUAAUAAUAUUUUUUGUUCAUAUCCUAAUAUAGGUAUUCCGAUAGGAAGUAUAGAUGUAGAUGAUUAUGAAGUUUUUCAGGUUAUAAAAAAAACAAAUCCUGAAUAA